GCCUGUAUCACUUCCGUUGGAACAGAUGGAUCCGUCUCUGUUUAUAGUCUUCGUGAGUCUGCCCUCCUCUUGCGUGCCUCACAUCCAAACAUAUCUUCUGAAAAUGCAGUGCUCGCACUCGGCUGGAGGAUACCAGAAGAUUUAUUGCUUGUUUACUUCGUGGAUGGCAGCCUCUUUGUUUGGGAUGUCAGUUUUGGAGUGCUGGAUAGGAAUGUUCAACUCUUAUGUAUUCUGAGGCAUGACAAUUCUCUUCCUUAUAUCAUCAUUCUUUACCUUAUGUGA